AUGCCCGACACUGAAAUUCCACAGCCCCCGCCACACAAAUAUUCCCACAACACCCGCGAAAACCACACAGUAACACCAGGCGUGGACAACCUAGGACCAGCCUCAGCCGGCGGUGGAAUAAGCGGCAUAGCCCUAGGAAUUGCCAACACACACGACCGCCAAAGCGGCCUGGACGCAUCGCGCGGGAUGCCGCUCGACCAGGAAGCCAGUCACAGCUACUAUCCCGCAGAACGAGACUACAACACAUCAGGCUCGGACAAUCCGUACGUGCCGUCCGCGGGCUACACCAGCGCUGAAACCCUCCACCACAACUCGUACGGGUCGGGGAUGGCGCUAGGCGGCGCGGCCGCCUCGCCGGGGUUCCACAGUCCCGCGCACUCCUCGCCGCAUCUGGGGGAGCGCGGCGUGGGUGCGAGCGAUCAGUACCCGGCGCCGUAUCAGGGCAUCAGUGAUGGGCCGUACCAGAGACAUUCAGGCUAUGGGGGCUCGGAGAUGUCGAAUAUCAAUCCGGAUGAUAUUGCCGAUGAUGGCGAUGAGGACUUUAGACCGCACGGCCGGGGUAGUCACGGUGUGCCGGCGGCGGCGGCCGGGGCUGGUGGGGGUGCUGUUGCUGGGGGUCUGCUGGGUGGGUUGUUUGGACGCGAGAAGACUGCGGAUGUGGCUUACAAUGCUGUGCCUGGGGGUGGAUUGGAGAGUGGGGAUGGGUUGGAGAAGGGGCCUGGGAAGGGCAUGGAUGGGCGCAAGAAGAUGGGGUGGAUUGUUGGGCUGGUGCUUGGGUUUGUGAUUCUUGGGGCGAUUGUUGGCGGUGCGGUUGGGGGGACUAUUGGUACUCGGCACAACGAGAACAAGUCUUCCAGUGAGCAGUCUGCUACGGAUGAUUCCAAGAGCAACGGUGAUCUUGGGAAGGACUCGGCCGAGAUCAAGGCUCUCAUGAACAAUGAUGAGUUGCACAAGGUCUUCCCUGGUGUGGACUACACCCCCUGGGGUGUGCAGUACCCCGAUUGUCUCAAGUGGCCACCAUCACAGAACAAUGUCACUCGGGACAUGGCUGUUCUGUCACAGCUGACCAAUACUGUUCGAUUGUAUGGAACCGACUGCAACCAGACUGAGAUGGUUCUGCAUGCCAUUGACCGACUGGAGCUCACGGAUAUGAAGCUCUGGCUUGGUGUGUGGAUUGACUCGAACACCACCAGUGCCGAUCGUCAACUCACUCACCUUUACAAGAUUCUCGACGAUACCAAGGACACAUCCUUGUACAAAGGUAUCAUUGUUGGAAACGAAGCGCUCUACCGCGCCGGCCCUGAUAAACAGACUGCCGAGAAGACCCUGAUAUCGUACAUCAAGGAUGUCACCAGCGAAGUCGAGAAGCGCAGCCUCAAACUGCCAAUUGCCACCUCUGAUCUCGGUGAUAACUGGAACUCUCAGCUGGUCGAUGCCGUCGACGUGGUCAUGUCAAAUGUGCACCCCUUCUUCGCAGGCGUGAGUGUCGAAGUAGCUGCAGCCUGGACUUGGGACUUCUGGCAGACCCACGAUGUCUCCUUGACCAGCGGCACAAGCAAGAAACAAGUCAUUUCCGAAGUCGGAUGGCCCAGCGGCGGAGGCAAGGACUGUGGCGAAAGCCCAACCUGUGACGAUGACACCCCGGGUUCAGUCGCCAGCGUGGACAAUAUGAACACCUUCAUGUCCGACUGGGUCUGUCAGGCCCUGGAUAAUGGAACCGAUUACUUCUGGUUUGAGGCCUUUGACGAACCCUGGAAAAUCCAAUACAACACACCAGGCAAAGAAUGGGAAGACAAAUGGGGCCUAAUGGACUCAGCCCGUAAAGUCAAAACGGGCCUCAAGAUCCCCGACUGCGGCGGCAAGACUGCCUCCUAA